AUGGUUUCUUUCGACGUGAUAUUACUUUUCACUUCCAUCCCACAGCAUCUGGCGGUUGAAACCCUGCAAACCUUGUUGGAAGAACAAUAUGACGAAACGGACAAGAAACUGAAGAUAAAACACCUUAUUGAUCUCCUGAAGCACUGCUUGAAGACUUUCUUCACCUUCAACGGAGCUGUGUACGAACAAGUUAAAGGUACACCCAUGGGCUCACCGUUAUCCAGCUUGAUUGCUGAGGCAGUGUUACAGCGACUCGAGGCACUGGCUUUCGACCACUAUCGACCACGACUGUGGGUACGGUAUGUCGAUGACACAUUUGUCAUCAUCAAUCGGGACAAGAUUGGGGAAUUCACGCAACACCUCAACUCGAUCUUCCCAGACAUGCAGUUCACGAUGGAGGAAGAAAAAGAUUGCCGGUUGCCGUUUCUGGACGUACUAGUUCAGAGAAAAGGUGAUGGUGCAUUAAAGACAACGGUUUACCGGAAGGCAACGAAUACCUCGCGUAUUCUAAGCUUUCUUAGCAACCACCCUCUCUCGCACAAACGCAGCUGCGUGAGAACUCUCUACCGGCGCGUAGAAACCCAUUGCACCGAGCCAGCCGACAAGAAGGCUGAGGUCCAGUUCCUGCGGAAACUCUUCACAGUGAACGGCUACCCUGGGAAUUUUGUCGAAAAGUGCAGACGAGAAACCCGGGGAAGACAACCGAAGGGACAACCAAAACCGAAAUGUUGGCGCGCAGUGCCGUACAUAGUCGGUGUGUCAGAAGAAUUCGCUAGACUGAUGAGCGAAUUUGAGAUCGGUAUCGCUCACAGACCUGAGGCAACAAUACGCCGGCAACUCAUGCACCCUAAGGACCCGAUUCCCAUCAACCAGAAAUCGGGGGUCAUUUACCGGAUAGACUGCAAUUGUGGUCAAGCCAAUUAUGUUGGCGAAACCGGCAAACAAGUACGCACGAGAUUGCACGAACACGAGUUGGCUGUGAGACGGAAGGACAAACUCUCCUUGGUAGCCGCCCACGCCUCCACGCCAGGACACGGCUUCGACUUUAAGUGCGUGAGAAUAUUGGGCCAGUCGGACGACCGAGUUGCUCGCCUCCUGCAGGAAGCAUGGCAGUCAACCGAGGACUCGAUUAAUCGACAUAUCGAUCUGCCAAUCGCCUAUCAAGCACUGCGAGAGCAAAUCAGCAGCGCAGCUAGAGGUCACCCCCGGCAGAGGUGA